GCGCGACGUCUAGCGCAGUCGCCGUCUUAAACGUCAUAUAAAAUAUAAAUAAACCCGCACAUAACUGUCGAUAUCAUCGUAUAGUACAUUAAAUCAACUUUCUAAUAUUAAUGUUCAUCCUCUUUGGUGUGUCGUGUCGUGUUAUCUGUGAGUGAAAAAGUUCGUAUCGUGUUCCAUAUACGAACUCCUUGCUGCAACGACCUACUUGAGUGAAUUAGUGACGUCACUGUGUUUAUUUUUUUUUUUCGGAUACCGAAUUGUUUUUUGAUUCCGUGAUUAGAGAAUAGAUAUCAAAGAAACAUAUAUAUAAAUAUGUGACAAUGUAUUUAUCUGUUAAUAAAUAAUUAAAAUGUAGUGCAAAAAUACAUAAAAUGGCCGGAACUCGCACUUUAAAUGUCGAGCCACCACGCUCGACUGCGUAUUACUACGCCGACCUUGAGAAAAUCAAACGGCAAAAUGGCGCCCAGGAACAAGAUGGCUGCCCACCAGACAAAGACGAUCAGCACUUAAAUGAACUUAGCGAGUAUGCUGAGACUAAUGAAGUUAUCAACGAUGGUGCCACUAAAGAUGUACCACCGCUACGUGAUAGGUGGUCGCCGGAGUACACUACACCAGAGAAUGGCGUGAAAGUUGGGGAGACUUACUCUACUGCUGGAACCUUCCCUAUGCCGGAACCAAAGGAGAAAGAGCCUCUGCUAGCUGAAUUGGAAAUUGUUGGACGCGUGCCGCUCACUCAGUUAGACACAGCAACGGGAGUCAGGAGGAGUCGGAGCUGGUAUCUGUGCUGUCCAAAUGUGGGCGAUGAAGAGAUAUCCCGAGAGUCGUCCUGGAGGUAUUCCAGCUUGCGGCCGGUGACUGCUCCCCCAGUUCCAGGACAGAAUGGCUUUCAUACGGUGGCAACCCAAAGCAGCGGCCGAGUUGAUGAUGUGGUAACACUACGGGCGGAACGCGACGCGCUCGCUCGCGCGCUCGCUUCGGAGCGUCAACGUGCGGCCGCAGCGGCUCGCGCGCACGACGCAAGGCUCGCCGAGUUGCACGGCGUUAUAGCUGAGCUUGUACGGCGGAGGGCUGCUGAUAAGCGAGCUAAGGCCAUACCCGAGGAGGAGAUUUCAGAGGAAUGCGAGUCAACGACUCAGCCGGCCGGAGAACUGGACAAUGAUGCGGACAUGUCGCAAACGGAACAGAAUGAUAACUCGUCGCUCAUAAGCCCAGCUGAGCUCCCAACACCUCAAGAUCCGAAAGUGGAGCCUCUACCGGACGACACUGAUGUCAGCGCCACAGAUAAUAUCAGAUUGGAAACUCCCAAAGUGGAAGUCUCCCCCCCACAAGGGUCUGAACAGUGCUCGAGUCUAAUGCUGUCCGAGAGGGACUCUGAGAUUUGCGUUAGUACUGCGAGAUGCUGCCAGUACGCGCGCGCGGCGGGCGGCGCGGACAGCUGCGAGCGCCAGCGCGGCUCGCCGGGCCUGCUGCCGCCCUCGCCGGGUCGCUGUGAGUCUAGGGAAGCUAAGGUUGCAUCGCGGGUUCGACUCCGGCGGACGGAGGACACAGAGUCAAACUACAUAUCAGAAGAUGAGGCGUGGUGCGUGGAGGCCGCCGAGCGACUGGCGUUGGACGUGUGCGCGCAGGCCGACCUCCGAGAGGCCUUGGUGUCGGCUUCCAACGAUGGUCUGAGCGCGGCGGCUCGUGCGUGGCGCGCACGUUGCGUGCGGCUCGCGGCCGACUGUCGCGUGCUGGACGCCGCGCUCGCCCGCGCCGUCGACACCGCGCACAGGUUGUCGUGCGCGUGCGCACUGCAGGAGUCGUCGUCCGUGGCGCUGUGCUCCGCGCUGCGCGCCGCCGACCGCGCGCUGGAGACGUACGACGUGCUGCUCGCGCUGCAGGAGACCAGCGGCACGAGGACCGCGGAGCGCGAAGCAGCAGAGGCGGUGGCACGGCGUCUGCUCGCUCGUCUGGAAGCCGCGCCGGUUUGGGGCGAGCCGUUGCUGUCACCUGGUCCGUGGCAGAAUCAUAAUCAGAGCAGCGAGUGGGAGGACGGGGCGGAGCCUUGGAGCGAGGAGUGCGAGGCGCGACUCCGCGCGCACGCCGCGCGCCUCAAGAGCGACACCGCCGCGCUGCGGGCGCUCAGGCCGCCGCCGCGACUGUACUCGCCGCACGACAUGGACGAAGAGGAAGGCUGUAUGGACAGUGUCAGCAUGGCGGAAAUGGAGGCCGCGGUUAUGAUGCAGGAAAUGCUAAUAGCGAAAGAAGCUCAGGAAACCGAACGAGCUAACGCACUUCUACACGAGACGAAGAAACCUGUUGAGCAGCAUAAGGGCGAGUCCACGCGCAGACGUCGGCAUAGAGAACGACACUGGCUUGACACACAGGCUUCGGAGACAGAUUUAUAAUCUAAUAUUGAAAUAUCGUUAUAUAUAAACGAGUUGGCCCUCGCAACUUUACACAUAACCCUACACACACAGUUACAUCGAUGAAUUAUUGGCCCUUAUCCGGCUCGAAGGACCAAUAAGCAAAACAAAAACGACUACUUUCAAGAGGAAAUCCGCGUACAUCUUCUACUUGUUAUAAAUUUUAAAAAUAUUACAUAAUUUAUUCUUAUUAUAUGCAUAUAAAAGGUUUUUGCGAGUGAAGUUGCGACUGGCCACUGAUUAAGUAAUAAAAAAAAUACAUCACGUCUAAACUUCGUGUCAUAAAUGCUUAUAAAUGUUUAAAUAAAAACGCUAAAUAAAAAAAAAAAAUUGUGAUUAUAAAAUUGCAUUUAUUGUAUUUUGUUUGCGAAUAAUUGCAAAGUAACCGUUGCCUAAUAAAUAUUUUGUAUAAUUUCGUAAUUAAUAAAUACGUUAGUUUACUCGAGUUCAAAGAGAUAUUGCAAGUCUUUAGAGUGUGGUAAAUUUAUAUAAUAAUUUCUAAUUAUAUCUUUUUAUAUUUAUUAGUGUUCGUCCGGUAAUCCAGAUAUUGAAAAUUAUAACUUUCUUUUUUAACUGGCAACACUAAAGCUCGUAAAAUUUCUUCGCAAAUAGAGGAGAAAAAGGUAUUGAACUGUUCUGUCUUUCUAAUAUAUAUAGUCUAUUCCAACCACAGAGUAAAGACAAAUAAACAACCGACUUGAGGUGACGCAAUAUCAUUGGUCGAUAUAUCGUAUAGUCUGUGGUAUUCAUUAUGGAUUCACGAUUUGAAUAUCGUCUAAGUUGCUAUCGGAGCUUUGGAACUGAUAUUGAAGUUAUAAAAUAGAGUUGUGUUAUAAAUAAAGAUGUAUUUAUCAAGAAUCGAUCAAUUUGCAAAUCGCAUAGAAUACGUUAAUAUAAGAUUUGUUUAUGUUUACUGCUUCGAUUGGAAUAGACUACAGAUAAAUAAUUAUCUGUUGUCUCGUCGCUUAUAAAAGAAAUCUGUCUUGUGAAAAUACCGGAAUGUUUUUAAUACAAUAAUUAAGCGUGGUCGAUCGCGUCUCGAAUGAAUUAAAAGCUGAUAUAUAUUUGUUGAACUACCGCUUUCUAUAUUUCACGAAUCGUAAUCGUACGACGGGGACCGACAGCGUUCGAAUCGUAACUAGACGAUCACGUUCCUAUACUUGCGAUUUUGAAACUUAAGUGAUGCGUGGACAUCUUGGCGCUCGGCACGCUGUACCUAACUGAGGGUGCGAGCGUGAUGACGUCAGCGUGAGGUCGGUACGCGCACACAUAUUUACACAUCCAUUCUCGUGAGUACCUUUGCACUUAAAACGUUUUUUUUUUUUUUUUUUGACAAUUAUAUCAAGCGUAAGUAAAACGAUUCGUUUCUUGAAUAUAGUAAUGGGCGUAAUUAAUUGACUGCGCCUACAUUAAACUGGCUGAUCGAAUAACGAAACUGUUUAUGUAUUUCUUAUUAUAUUAUUGGGUAUUUGAAUGAAAAUUAAAUUAUAUAUAUAUGUAUAUAUAUAUAUAGUUUAAAACCGCUUACGAAAUCUGAAAUCGAAUCUGUCACAGAGAAAAAAAAAUUGUUCUAUUAUUAAUAUUUCCAUAGAAAUACAAAAAAAAAAUACCCAAUUUUAAUUAAAUAAUAAUUAUAUACUUAUUCGAAUAUUAUAAUUUACAUUACAUCACAAAUAAGAAUUUCGAUUUAAAUUUUAUUAAUAUUUACUUUUUUAUAUGUUUGAUAUAGUUUAAGCUUUUGUUUACCGGCCAAGUAUUUCUUUAACUAAACAUUUUUAAUUUUUAAGAUGUUUGCAACGUUUACGUGUAACGUUUCUGAUGCGAAAUGUAUCAGCUUAUGUCUGUAACGUGUACUGAGUUGCACGCUUUUUAUUUCGUUGUAAAUAAAUUAAUUUUAAGAUUCGUCGCUGCCAAGAAUUGUAAAUCGGUACUAACUAGUCUGUAGCUAAAUAGCUUUUUAUUUCAAUCAUUGGUUUAUAUACAAAGUUUUUAUUAAAUAAAACGAGAUGAGUCGUAGAACAUCCGGUUGGAAUGGAGUUCAUUUCGCUAUAUAUUAUGUAUUUAAUAACAGGCAUGAUAUUAUGAAAAUAAAUAAACUAUAUACGGCUUAAGAAUUUACCAUACACACAUAUACAAGGCGGUACAAAAAAUAAAGAACAACAAAUUAACUCAUUUAUUAAAUAUAUAUAUAUUUAAUAAAUGAGUUUGUAUAUAUAUAUUACAUAGAUAAAUCAUCUUUAAAAGCUUUGAUUACCAUUUGAAUGAGCAGGACAGCAUUAUUUAAUGAAUCACCCCUAAACAAUAUAUAUAUAUAUAUA